AUGGUUUGGUUAAAAAAAACCUACAAAUUUGUCGGUAGGAAAAAUGAAAUCGAUGCAAAGCUUGAAAAAAGUAAAUUUAUACCAUUUUGGUGGACUUUAUUCAGUUGGAGACGUAAUGAUCUGAGUCGUCAGAAGAGUCAAAAAAAUAUCCCACAACCAUUGACUUCACAACAAGUAAAUUCACUUUUAUUUUUAAGUAUAAUGAGUUUUAUCCCCAGGUUAAUAAUACGUGAGAUUUGGGCAUGUAUCAUAGAAUAUUUUAGUCCUGAAGUACCGGAAAGAACUUACGCACUUCGAAUUCUUGACUAUUUUUAUGCACCAUCACAAAGUUCAGCUAUAACUAGUCCUUAUAU